UGGUUGAUGGGCUCCUAUGCAAAGCGUGAGGCAGAGCUGCUGUUCGGAUGCGGACACAAAUUCUACAGGAGUACGGGUAAGCGAUUUUAAGCAUGAGCUCUGGGGACACAGAUUCAGACAUUGCAACGGUUUUAUGGGUAGCCUGCCUGAAGGGUCGCCACCUAAUCCCUGCCGAUCGGGGCAAUGCUAUUCUGGGAAAUGCUAUGCUUGCACUUGUAAUAACUGCCGCUUCUCUGACUGAGCUUCGUUUGCAGCUGCUGGACUUCAAUCAUGCCGCUUCUCUGUGAUUGAGCUUCGCUUCCUUUUUGCUGCAGCUACUUUUCGUCGUACAAGUGGUUACCAACAGCUGCAGUAGAUUUGGUGGGUGUUUGGUUUCUAGGGACUAAUGUUUAGUCCCAUCAUUUUAUUCUAUUUUAGUGUAUAAAUUGUCAAAUAUAGAAACUAAAAUAAAGUUUUAGUUUCUAUAUUUGACAAUUUUGUGACUUAAAUAGAAUAAAAUGUAGGGACUAAAUAUUAGUCACUAGAAACCAAACACCCCCUUGGUGUGCCGCUGGCUGCUUUUUCUGACCCCCUCUACGAACAGUAGGUGUACAUUACAAGCGGAAGGUGGCGUCACAGGACAGGAGAAAGCAAGCACGGUCCAAGGCCGUUCUAGCUGUCGACGCCGCUUUGGAUAAAAAAAAAAGAGGUGACGCCACUGACGCGAGAGCGGGAGAAAAAGCCAGAUUCAUCUGCAGUGUCACUGAUCCGGCGUCGACGCCGCCUCGUAGAGCAGGGAAAUGACAUGGGCUACGACUUAUACGUCACUGCUUAAGUUCUCAGCAAAGAGCAGGGAGGAUAAGCUUGGAAUGCCUUGGCAGUGAGAGCUGCAACUGCAACAAAGCAACCGGCGUCCAUGGUGGAGAGGGAAAGGGGCGAGGGAGAAGCCAGGGCCCUGGCCAGCGGGCCAGGGCAGCAGCAGCAGCAGGAAGGAGCAGCGGAGGGCGAGAGGGUCGAGAAAGAAGGAGACGAGCGGGAGGAGGAGGAUCGAGACGACGAAGCCGUGGAGUGGUCCGAGAUACGGCUCGCCAUCGAGGAGCUGUCCCCGGCGGCCCAUCUCAAGCGCGUCGACGGCGAUGGCAAGGCGGCCGCGUCGUCCCUGCCCACGCUCCGCUUCCUGGCGCUGUCGCACCUCCUCGUUCGAGUGCUCGAUAAGAUCGGGCCGACCAUGGCCGUGCUGAGGCUCGACGUCCAACGGAACAUCGAGAGGCUGCAGGAGCUGUACCUGCUGGACCCAGCCACGUACUCGACCCUGACGGGGAUAGUGGAGAAGGAAGUGAAGGAGGGCACAGCGAGGAAGGUCGACAGCUGCGCAAGGGCGAUCCUGUGGCUUGCUAGAUCCAUGGAUUUCACAGCUGCGCUGUUACAGAGGCUGGAGGAGGACUCUACGCAGCAGCAGCAGCAGAGCCUCGCGCAGCUCGUGGAGGCCGCGUACGAGGCCACCCUGAAGCCGUGGCACGGCUGGAUCUCCUCGGCGGCGUGCAAGAUAGCGUGGAAGCUCAUCCCCGAGAGGAAGGUCUUCACCGGCAUGCUGCUGGGGACGGGCCAGGACUGCUCUGCACUUGAAGACGAGAUCGGGCGGCUCGCGCUGUUGCUUCGGCCCUUCCUUGAUGACAUCCACUCCAUGAUGGCCAAGUUCAGACUGGACAGGCUCAAGUCGACGUGAUCCAUGGCGAACCCGACGCAAGCCCAAGCCAUGGACAUGGACAUGGUCCGAUCCCCGUCCUUCGCUGUGAAUACUGCCUGCCCUGGCUUCCGUCUUCGAGUCGCAUUUGCUUGCGGUUAGGUCUAGUUUAGACGCUGCUGCUCUCUAGUCUGUACAUAGGUCUUUUGCUUGUAGAAUAGACUCCCAAGAUCUGCAUGCGGUGCCCUUUUUUCGUGGUAGGCUACGUUUGGACAGCGCCCCUCCUCAAUUGCCUCUGCCUGUGCCAAUACGUUGGCCGGCCAAACUUUGGCUGCCCAAGAAACGGCCAACUUUGGCAGGGAAAAUGAACUAGCAAGUUGUUCACGAUGCCAAACUUUGGCAGGCAGCAACCAUCCAAACAUACAAGAUGCCAAUAGUCAACGACCUUUUAUUGGUUUGGCUGGCUGGUAAUGGGCUCUAAAUUUUACGCUAUAAAAUUUAAGAAUCGAGUUAUAUUUU